AUGGUGGCAAAACAGAGAAUACGCAUGGCCAACGAGAAACACAGCAAAAACAUCAUGCUGAGAGGCAAUGUGGCCAAAUCCAUGGCAAGUUUUGGGAUAAAAUCAAUCAAUAGUCAGUGAAGACUGUACUAGAUACAUUUAUAUUUGGUUUGAAAAUAAUAGCCUAGCUACUUGUUUGAAUGGUUUCAAAAUAUCUAAAAGUUUACUUUAACAUUUUGAUGUAUCUUGAUGUUGGUUUCUGAUCUAUUUCUGCAGAGAAAUCCAGGUGAUGACAAGGUGGCAGUGGGGUGGCUUCUGGCGUUAUUCAUCUUUGUCGUCUGCGGAUCA